AUGGACGGACUAAAUAUUCCUUACAAUCCUCGUACUGUCGACGAAGUCUUUCGGGAUUUCAGAGGCCGCAGAACUGCAUUAAUCAAAGCCCUAUCUACUGAUGUCGACGAGUUCUUCCGGCAGUGUGAUCCCGAUAAGGAAAACCUUUGUCUUUAUGGAUCUCCCAGUGAACAGUGGGAGGUGACCCUGCCAGCUGAAGAAGUGCCGCCUGAGAUUCCGGAGCCAGCAUUGGGUAUUAACUUUGCGAGAGAUGGGAUGCUAGAAAAGGAUUGGCUGUCUUUGGUUGCUGUACACAGUGAUGCUUGGUUAUUAUCAGUGGCUUUUUAUUUCGGUGCUAGGUUUGGAUUCGAUAAAGCUGAUAGGAAAAAACUAUUUGAUAUGAUAAAUGAUCUUCCAACAAUCUUUGAAACUAUUGCGGGGGUUGUCAAGAAACCAGGAAAGGAUAAGUCAUCAUCGGUUUCUAAUAAUAGCAGUACCAAAUCUGAAGCAAAGCCCAAGCAAGGUUCUGAACCUCAGGCAAAAUUUUCAAAACCAAUGGCAAUGCAAAUGCAAAUGCAAAUGCAAAUGCAAUCAAAGGAAAAUGACGAGGACGGUCUAGGCGUGGACGAGGAAGAUGAGGAAUACGAGGAAGACAUGGAAGAUGACGAAGAGCACGGAGAUACUUUGUGUGGGGCAUGCGGAGAGAGCUAUGAAACUAACCAGUUCUGGAUUUGCUGUGACAUUUGUGAGCAGCAAGAGAGCUCGCCCUAG